AUGGUUCCUGCUGCUGAAUUCUCCUCCUCCCCAACGCUUCUUCUUCCAUGUGGGUUUUCCAGCAGUAUUGCUUUUAUGAGGUUAUUACAGAAAGCUCAGCAUUUCUCUGCCGUCUGUGAGGACGACCACAACAACAUAGACAUUCGCUUAGGAUCUGAUCACCAAGUUUGUAGCAGAAGUUGUAGUUUCAUGGCCGAUCAAGAAGAGCCGAGGAGUACAACUUCUAGGUUAAGCUCCAAGGACGAGGACAACGACAACAAUAGCAAUAACAAUAACAAUGAUAACAACAAUGAAACCGAAGAUCAUGAGAUGAGACAACAAGGGUGGCUCCGGUUAAGCAUAGGCCACGAGGAGGAAGUUAAACCGGAUCUCGACCAUCGGCAACAACAUCAAACUGAUCCAACGGCUAGGAGAGACUCUUUUCUAGAGCUUAACCUUUUCUCUGGGGUUUCAAAUAGAGAAGAAACAACUGGCCUUCCGUUGUCAUCACUCUUUCAUCACCAGCAUCAACCAGGAGGGAUGAUGAUUAAUCCAUUAAUGAUGUUCCCUACAAGGCCUGAUCAGGAGAUGAUUGGUUCUUGGGCGGCUGCUGCUGCGUUUAGAACACCAUUUGUCCCACAAAACCUAAUGCAAGCAUCAUCCUCAUCAUCUGCUUCUUUGAUGUUGCCAUUGAUGGGGCCUUACUUUGGUCGCUCCAAUUUUCAGCCGCAGCUAAUAGGGAAUAGCAAUCCUGAUGUGGUGGCUGGUCCAAGCUCGAGUUUUCGAGUCAUUGAUCCUCCCAGACGUCCCCAUUCGGGCGUUUGGUUCCUCCUUCAAGCUUCUCAAAACCAGUAA